UGCAAGGCGCGGGGAGGCGUGAGAGUGGCCGGCGUCGAGUCCUCUUCGUCCGCCUGGAACCUGACCGUCGACGUCAACUCCCGCCGCAGCACAGCCUCGGUCACGGCCAUGCUCACGGAGACGCCCACAAACGACACUCUACACAGCCUGGGGCUCCACGAGGUGCUGUCCUGGGUGCUGGAGGUCCCGGAACACGUGGGGGCCGGCGAGGCAAAGAUCACCUGGUCCCUGCGGUACCUCAUGGACGCCCACCGCAGGGAAACCUUCUCCGGCGCCGACACGCCCAAGAUGACGGCCCGACUCACCAUACUGAAAGACGACAUCCAAGCGGUCCUGCCCAUUGCCAAGAGCUGGUCCAUCGUGAACACCGCGGUGCUGACGGGCCGCCAAGUGUCCCGCGCCAUGAAGGUGCUCAUCGUGUCCCAGGCGGGCAAGGUGGCCGACGUGACGCUCCAGUCCUCCUGCAACUGUACUGACGAGGCGGCUCUCAAGGUAUCCACAUCCUGCACCUCGGUCUACCUGGACGGCUCGGAGGUCCGCGGAAGCCACAACGCAACAGUGGUGGCUCGCUACGACAUACUGACCGGAGCCGCCGCCUUCACCGUCUGGAUGCCUGAUCUACCCCUCACAGUUCACGUUGAGGACCCGAAGCUCUCACAGAUCCGCGGGUGGCGCUCUCCAGACCCCGCCACCACCGCCACCUACACCGUCAAGAGGAACCAUAACGGCGCUUCUUCCUCCUCUUCCUCCUCCUCCUCCUCCUCGGUUGUGAUUGGCGCAAGAAGAGACUCGACCCAUGCUGAAAAUUCUGUGGCCCCGCCUUGCUCGGUCCGGUACCAGCAGACCCCGGUACAGGUGUAUGGUCGUUUCGUGGCGGUGGAUGACAACAGCGGGCGCCAGUCGUACCUGUUGUCGCGAAGAGCUCAGGUGAGAGUGACGGAACUCGUGGCCCAUCUGCUGCGCGUGGCCGACACCUCCGUGGCUGUGCUCGAUCAUACCACACUUAUGGGUCGCUCCCCGGGGCGUACCGAGGUCCAGGUGUUGUCUCCCAUCACGGGGCGGGUCAUCGGGGCACGCGAGGUCAAGGUUGGGUCAGACAAGGUUUGGGUCAGUCGCCUUAGAGCAGCUGUCAUCUCCGGCCUGACCCUGAGCCUGCAGCCUGACACACACCUCCCCGAUGGCUACUCUGCAAUCACGGCUGUCACCCCUACACUGACGGCCAAGUACCAGGAAGGGCUGGUGGACGUCUGGGUUGAGAUGAGCGAUGGCGUAAUAACUCCACUCCGCGAAGUCCCCCCGCCACACUACUCCCUCCGUAUCAGAUCCCUGGAUGCUGAAGUGGUCGCUGUCGCCCCCUCCCCUCGUACCGCCCAGCCAAGAGUCAUCGCUAUCGGACACGGCGCUGGCGACUUGCUGGAGGUGAGUCUGGAGGUGUCUGAGACGUGCGAGCAACGGCGAGCGGCUCUGGCCACUACGAAGGUUCAUGUGAAGAUCGAUCUGGGUACCACACCUCCCCCCCCGCCGCCGCCGCCCCCUCCAGCGCCCCAAGCAGCAGGAGGCAACGGCUUGGUCCACCCAGACGGCCCCGGCUCCCCUAACCACGAAGACCACAAGCUGAAGGUCCACGUUUCUGAGCUUCCCCACGCAGACGCCGCCGCCCCCCACAAUCACCUCAUGCUGAUGGCCGAGCAGCCCCCCCGCGCCCCCCCAGCCCACGCCCGCCUGCAUCCACCGCGCGGGGGGGGCGUCACUCCCCUAGAGGUUGGGAUGUACGUGUUACUGGCGGUCUUCGGGGCGGCCAUCGUAAUUUUCGCAGCAUCUUAUGUUGUGUACACCUGGAACAUCCACGGGGGGGGCAAGGUGCGCCGCCCCCCCGCCCCCCUCUCCUCGCUCACCCCCAGCCAGGAUUCGGUCACCAACGCACAUGACUGGGUUUGGUUGGGACGAGCCACUCUGGAACGGGCGUCUGGGGUCGGGAUCUCCCCCCCUCAUCCACCCCAGGGGCAGUUUGGGGGCGGGUCUCUACUCAUGAGUGACCUGAACGGCAACACCCCACCUCUUGCACCCCCCGUCGGCGCACCCCAGCAGCAGAGAGCAUCCUGGAGGAGCCCCGAACGUGACACCCCAAUCAACAUCACCGCGAACCCAGUCUCCGAGCCUGAACCCCCUGUCGCCCCUCCCUCCGCCCCCCCAACCGCCCCCGCAUCACUCUCCGGGGGCACCACCUUCACCCGCCCCCCCAGAAACCUCCGCCGCGUUACCUUCACCCACCCAGAAGGGGACGACGCCCCCAGCAGCGAGGAUGACCGCCCCCCAGUGCCACCCCAUCGAAACAUCGGUGUCACGACUCACCCCCCACCGCAUGAGGGCACGGACUCCCCCCCACCACCUCCUGUCCCCCCACACGGCGUCCACAUCAUCAAUAACCCCCUGGAUGACCCCCACCGGGCUCGUCAACCCCCCACAGCCCCCCGAACCGCCCCCCAGAGCAUCACAUCCCCAGAGAUUGAUACGAGGUUUGUGGAGGUUAACGCAGAGGACUUCGUGAGGUUGCGAGGGGGUUGCAGAGGCCGUGGGGGUGAGGUCAGGCGUGCCACCAUCAUGGAAAACCCCCUCCUGUCAGCCCACCUCCCCGACAACCUCACGAACCUCACUCCCACCCCGCACCACCUUGAUAACCUCCCCCCCACGAUGGAUUACGACCAGCUGAUGGCUUAUUUCUCAAACCUGAAGGAGUCGAAUGCCUGAACCUAACCUAACCUAACCUAACCCCACUCUGGCACCCUUCCCCCACCUCCACCCAUUCCCCCACCAUUCCCAGCUUAAAGUAUAGUCGAAUGCGUGACCCCCAACCCCCUGAAACCCCCUGCCCCCCCCCCCCCUUAUUCUGUUGCAUUCCGCCUAUUUCUUAAAACUAGGAAUCUGGCGGUGUCUGGAAACUCGAUCUUGGUUUGCGAACUCUCCAAUUGCAGGAAAAAGACAUGCUUCGCGACCCAGUAACCGCCUGACCCCUCUUCGAUACCCCCUUACCCCUAAUCGCCCCCCCCCCCCCCUCGGAAUACUUUAGGUAGGGGGACAUUGUACUAUGAUGUGUGUGUGUUUGUUUGUUUGUUCAAAUGCUUACUGUAGGCUAACCGCACGUGUGUAUGUGUGUGUGUGUGUGUGUGUGUGUAGAUUUUAAUCGUAAUAUGUAUACAUAGAGAAAUAAAAUGUUAGAGAGAAGGAAGGAAGGAAGGAAGGAAAAUAUAUGAGUAUGAAAAGAAAAAAAGAUGAGAAACAAAAAAAUAUCUGCGUGUGUGUGUGUGUGUGUGUGUGUGUGUGUGUGUGUGUGUGUGUGUGUGUGUGUGUGUGUGUGUGUGGCUUUAAAAUUAAAUCUAU